AUGGGUGCAUCGGCGUCGGUCACUUGGGGGGCGGUAUUUGGUGCCACAUCGUAUCGCGCAGUUGCCAGGGAUGAUCAAGGCACGACACACAACUGCACAUCCACGAGCAUCUCCUGUCAGAUUUCCACGCUGUCCUGCGGUACAAUCUACACUGUGCAGGUUAUAGCCGUGUCUGACUGUGAAAGCAUCUCAAACGCCAGCUACAUCUUUGAGACAGCACCCUGCCCACCUGCAAACCCAGAUGCAUACCGAGAGUGCUCCAGUAACGUCAUCCUGUACUCCUGGGCUGCCACCAACAACACGGCUUACUACAUGGCCACGGCUCUGGACUCGGACGGCGACAUACGAGAGUGCCUCACCGUGGACACCUCCUGUUACUUCACCAACAUGAUGUGUGGCAAAAACUACUCCUUUACAGUCAGGUCCUAUUACUCUGGAGAACUGAACUGUAACAGUGGAAACACAAACCCUGUGACGGUCGUAACUGCUCCAUGUCUGCCGCAAAAUGUGUACUCAACUGCGGACUGUAGUGUUGGCACUGCCAUUGCUAGUUGGGAUCAGGUGGAAGGUGCACAGUCCUACGUGGUGGAGGCCCGCGGUAACCGUAGAGAUUUCUACAACUGUACAUCUCAGGGCACCAGCUGCAUGCUUACAGGUCUGGAAUGUGGAGAGAGCUUGAGCGUGUGGAUUAUUGCCAAAAAUGAAUUCUGUCCUACUGAUCCAGUGCUUGGGGAGGUGGCUGAGACAGUUCCCUGCCCACCUCAGAACGUGUCUGCUGUGGAAACCUGUAGUUCGACCUCCGCCACUCUUUCUUGGAUCACCAGCAGCGGCGCAGUCUUCUAUAUAAGUGUGGCCACACACUCAAACGGUACAGUCCACACCUGCGUUUCCAUGGCAACAGAGUGUGAGUUCCAGGGCCUGAGAUGCGGGGAGACCUACGAUGCCUAUGUCUUAGCAACAAACAUGCAAUGCAACAGCUCGAACAGUGAACAUGUCACCCUAAGGACGGCUCCAUGUGCCCCGGUCGGUGUUGGCGUGGUAAGAGACUGUGGAGUGAAUCAGGCAACAGUGAGCUGGCAGACCCUUCAGGCUGGUGGUCAGUACACAGCAGUGAUGGAAAAUACAAACAGCCCCUCACUGAACUGCAGCACGAGUGGCAACACCUGCAACUUUCCAAACCUGCGCUGCGGACUGAUCUACAACGCCAGCGUCACGUAUCAUGACGGUAACUGCAGUAGCCUGCCAUCGACAGUCAAUCAGAUACGAUCAGCACCCUGUGACCCUCAAAACAUCACAUCUGUGCUUCAGUGUGAUAAUAACGUGGCUACAGUGACAUGGAACGCCAGUAUAGGAGCAUACGGGUACACAGUGAUGGCUUACGCACCAGGGCAGCAGCAGUCCGUGGCUUCCUGUGGAACAAAUGGAACUUCAUGUCAGCUGAUCUCUCUGCCAUGUGGAAUGCGACUGAAUGUGACUGUCCAAACCCAGGAUUCUACCUGCAACAGCACCGCUCCAACUACUGAUGCUGCAAUAAUAACAACAGCUCCCUGUGCUCCCACCAACGUAACCGCAAGUCUAAACUGCACCUCUAAAAUUGCUUCCAUCUCCUGGAAUGGAGCUCUUGCUGUCACUGGGUAUCUGGUUACGGCCGAGGGAAGCAAUGGGCACACAUCCUCGUGCAAUACCACAGAUACACGCUGUGACAUUACAGACCUGAGCUGUGGGCAGGAAUACUCCAUCACUGUCGUUGUAAAGAAUGGUGACUGUAUGAGCCAGGCUAGCCAGCCAGUUAUUCUCUUUUCAGCACCGUGUCAAAACACUGGGAUUCAAGCGAUGCUGGACUGCCGCACGAACACAGCACUCAUUACCUGGACCCCAGGAAACGGGACGUUGGGUUUCAAUGCGACGCUGCAUUCCACCGAGGAUUCCCAUCAGCACAGCUGCACAACUAACAGCUCAUCCUGCAAUGUCACCUCGCUGCAUUGCGGUGAACGCUACAACGUCAGUGUCACGGGAUACGGCCAGAGCUGUGCCACCUCCACUAAAACCCUCCUAACUGUAGAUACAGCUCCGUGCGUCCCCACUCAGGUCAAUGUGUCACUGUCCUGUCAGUCUGACACAGCCACUAUUUCCUGGACCGCCUCUAGUGGCCUUGUUUUAUAUUACGUGGCGACAGCGGAAGGCGCUAAUGGACAAACGUUAACGUGUAACUCCAGCAGCACUACCUGUAACAUCAGCGGCCUGUUGUGUGGGCAGACCUACAAUGUGUCAGUCACAGCCGCAGGUGCCAACUGCACUGCAGAGCGCAGCGCAGUGUAUCGCGUCAAAACGGGUAAGUAUUUUAAGUAG